GGAAAUCGCGUGUCUUCUGGAAGAAAAAGAAAAGGAGAUUUUUUUAUCCGGCUGGAAUCGUGGUGCUCGUCAAAUGGCAUCUCUUCACUCUCGCGCCGCCGUUUCUGUUAUCGCUACGGGCGACCUUAAAGGAAUAGCACUUAAUUCGUCUUGUACAUCUACUCUCCAUCUGCGAUUUAAACCCCGCGAGCUCUCUAUAUUCCAAAACCAUCGCAAGGUCGUGCUCAAAGGGAGAGCAAUAAAGGCGAAGUCGAAAGAAGAAGCAAGUCUUCCUCCUCCGGUGGGAGAUGCAUUUACUAAUAGUACUAUCAAGCAUCUUCUCCUGCCUGUCAUUGAUCGGAAUCCUUAUCUCUCUGAAGGCACUCGACAGGCUGCUGCUACAACAACUAGCUUAGCAAACAAGUAUGGAGCUGAUAUCACAGUUGUCGUCAUAGACGAAGAAAAGAGAGAAUCAUCUUCGGAGCACGAGACUCAAGUCUCCAACAUCCGAUGGCAUCUAGCACAAGGUGGUUUCGAGGAGUUCAAGCUCUUGGAGAGGCUUGGGGAAGGGAAAAAGGCCACUGCGGUAAUAGGAGAGGUGGCCGAUGACCUGGGGACGGAGCUGGUUGUUAUGAGCAUGGAAGCCAUCCACUCCAAGUUCAUCGACGCCAAUUUACUUGCUGAGUUCAUCCCCUGCCCCGUCCUCCUCUUGCCCUUAUGAUUCCAAAUAUUUGCUCGUCUUGUCCUUCCCAAUCGUUUUUUUUUUUUUUAUGUAUUGUCUAGCAGAGACUAGAGAGAGUGGGUCGAAAUGUGAGAUGCAUGUAUCCAUACAUCUUCUGUAUUUAUUAUGAUGGUUCUGUGUGUGCUUGUU